AUGAAGAGCGCUGUCUUUAUGGCCAUGGCCUUUGGCCUGGCUUCUGCCAACAUUUUCGAGAACCCUCCUGUCACAGAGGAGUGCGAGUGUGAUCCCGAUGACCUUUGCUACCAGGCUGUCAUCGCUCCCGGUGCCACUUACUGCCAGGAGCUCACCACAUGCGAUCGUCCCAACGAUUGCGCCGACCGACAAGCUCUUGUGGAUGCUUGCGCCUGUGCCGCUGCUACCACCACCACUGCUGUUGCCGUCUCUACCACCGAGACUGCUAGCACCGAGGCUGGUACUGCCACCACCGCUACCACUGAGGCCGAGACUGCCACUACUGGCACCACUGAGGUUGACACUGCUACAACCGAGACCGGCACCACCAAGGUUGAUACCGCUACCUCUGAGACCGAGACUGCUACCGGUGUCACCACCGAGGCUGCCUCCACCACCACUGCCCCUGCUGAGACCACCACUACUGAGGAGGAGGACUGCGACUCUACCACCGAGGAGCUCUCCACUGGCACUGAGACUGCUACUGCCCCUACCGGUACUGAGACCAAGACCGAGACCGCUCCCACUGGUACCGAGACCAAGACUGAGACUGCUCCUACUGGUACCGAGACCAAGACCGAGACUGCCCCUACCGGUACCGAGACCAAGACCGAGACUGCCCCUACCGGUACCGAGACCAAGACUGAGACUGCCCCUACCGGUACCGAGACCAAGACCGAGACUGCCCCUACCGGUACCGAGACCAAGACCGAGACUGCCCCUACCGGUACCGAGACCAAGACUGAGACUGCUCCUACCGGCACCAAGACCGAGACCGCUCCUACCGGUACUGAGACUGCUCCUGUCAACACCAAGACUAAGACUGAGACCGCUCCUACUGGCACUGAGACCAAGACUGCUGGUGUUUCCACCACUGAGGGAUCCCACGGCACCCAGACCACCGAGGCUACCGUCCCUUACACCACCAAGACUGUCUACACCACUGCUGUCCACACCUACUCCAAGUGCCCUGACUACGUCAAGGACUGCCCUUACGGAACUCACGGUCCUUACACCGUCACUGAGACCGUUGCUGUUUCCACCACUGUCUGCCCCGUGACUGAGGGACACCCCAAGCCUACUGGUUACACCACCAAGACCGUCUACUCUACUGAGGUCUACACCAUCUCCAAGUGCGCUUCUACCGUCAAGGACUGCCCCUACGGAUCCGUCACUACCAAGAGCUACCCCGUCUCUACCACCGUUUGCCCUGUCACUGAGGAGCACUCCAAGCCUACCGGCUACGCUCCUCCUGAGUACACCACCAAGACUGUCUACUCCACCAAGGUCUACACUGUCACCAAGUGCGGCCCUGAGGUCAAGGACUGCCCUUACGGUUCCGUCACCACUGAGACUGUCCCUGUCUCUACCACCGUCUGCCCUGUCACUGAGGAGCACACCAAGCCCACUGGCUAUGCUCCUCCUCCUCACAGCACUCUCUACACCACCAAGACCGCCUACCUCACCAAGGUCUACACCGUUACCAAGUGCGGUCCUGAGGUCCCCAACUGCCCUUACGGCUCUGUCACCACCGAGACCGUCCAGCAGACCACUGUCUACGCCACCGGUACCAAGGAGAUUCCUUCUUACCCUACCGUUGUCGUUCCCAAGCCUGAGCAGCCCGAGCACUCCGCUCCUGCUAAGCCUGAGUACCCUGCUCCUAAGCCCGAGUACUCUGCUCCCGCCAAGCCCGAGUACUCUGCUCCCUCCAAGCCUGAGCACUCUGCUUACCCUGCUCCUCCUGCUGAGACCGAGACCCACGUGGCUCCCGCUCCCAGCCAGCCUUCUGCCACUCUCCCCUACCACGCGCCCACUGGCACUGCCCCCGCUGUCGAGGUCACUGCCGGUGCUUCUCGCUUCGGUGUCGAGAUGGCCGUCGCUGCCGCCGGUAUCUUUGCCGUUCUUCUGUAA